AUGCAACGCAAAUCAGCAGAUAAUCCUCAAGCAAGGAAUAAUGAAGCAAAUAAAAAUGAAGAUGCAACAUCGCGAUUAUGUUCAGAACGAGCUUCGGAAGGAAAGUAUAAUGCCGAUAUUAUAAAUGUCAUAACAAAUAAACCUAAAGAUGAUUUGUGUUUAGAAUAUACACAAGACAAUAUAAGUAAAGUAGAUGCAGUAGACACAACGAUAAUUAAAAAUUUAUCUUUUAGUAAUACACCUACGUUACCGAACAGUGUAAGUAAAGUUCAAACAACAAACGAAGACAACGUUUUAAAAUUAAUUUCACAAAUAAAUCAAGAAAAAAGUACUAACGAGUAUAUUGAAGAUUCAAUAUCAGCAAUAGACGCACAUGUAAAACCCGACUCACAUACAUCAGAAAAUACUAGAGCUAAAUAUUUAUUGAAUAUGUUACAAAAUUCACAAAAAGGAGAAGGUAUUGCGGAUAACAACGAAAUAAUAACAAAGGAAAACAAAGAAUUUGAGUUACCAUUUCAAAAUAAACAAGUAAUUAUUGGUACAAGUCAAGUAGAAACGAUAAAUGAAGACAAAAAACACAAACCACCUUUAAAAACCGUCGACAAAGCUUAUGACAUCAAUGAUAUCGAAGCUAAUAGUAAUUCAAUAUUUCUUUUGCAAGGUAAAAAUGAACAUAAGAUUGAAGAGAAAAUAACACCAUCUGAGGAUCAAAUAUUACUAGAAAGUGGCAUUGUCAAUGAAACUGUAAAUUUAACGACAUUUAACACGAAAGACUUGAUCUAUACUACAACAGGCCAAAGAACGAAUAAUGAAAUUGAUGUAAAAACAACAACUAACGAUGAUUACAAAUUAAAGUUAACUUCGAAAAAUACGUUCGAAAAUGUUUGUAAUGCAAAUAAAUGUGAGGAAAAUAAUAGUCCAGAAUGCCUUUUGCUAAUUAAUGAACAUGAAAAAAAUUUUGACGAGAAUAUGACUAUAAAUAACAAAAAAUUACAAGGAAAUCGUAUAAAUAAUGAAACUAUAGAUACAAUAACAAUUCGAAAUAGUAAUUUAAAUGACCUACAAAGAACACAAAAAGUUACUACUGACGAUAAAUUAAAAUUACCUUUUAAAAAUGUAAAACAAAGCAUAGGUAACGAAUGUGAAAUUGAAAUAAGUAAAACCUCACCAACCUCAUCUUUGCAAGAUACACAUAAACAUACUGCUAAUUUAUACAAGGAAAAUAUAAUUUUAGAAAAAGACAAAUUGCAAUUGUUUUAA